GCCGGGGAGCCUUCUCCCUGAUUUCCAAGUGGCUGGAGGUCUCCUCCUCCUCGAGGGCUCAGCUUCUGGGACGCUGUGCUGCUGGGGCGCCGACCUGACCCGCAGAGCAGGAGCCGGGCUUCCGGCCACCCUUCCCUUCAUGACAGGAUUUCCCCGGCCGGACCGGGACUAGCGGGCUGUGUCUCCAGGUUCUUGAUAAGUAGUACUUUCUAGACUUCAAGAUUUCAGAAGAGAGGUGAAAGAGUAUAUUGCAACUUUGAGUCAAGCCUGUAGACAGGUGGAGUGACAGACGGAUUAAACCACAGGAGGUGACCUAUUGAGAAACAAACACUGGGCAAACCUGCUGUUCUGCACCAAGGGUGGGAAAAAUGUCACAAGUUACAACCUCCUAUUCCUAUGAUGCUCCAACAGACUUCAUCAAUUUUACAUCUUUGAAUGAUGAGGAAGAUACCCAAAACAUAGAUUCCUGGUUUGAAGAGAAGGCCAAUUUGGAGAGUAAGUUUCCUGGGAAGAAUGGUACAGGAGGGCUUUUUCAGGGCAAAACUCCUCUGAGAGCAGCUAAUCUUCAGCAAGAUGUCACACCUUUGAGACCAGUUGACAACACUUAUAACAAAGAGGCUGAAAAAGAAAACCUGGUGGAAGAGUCCAUUCCAACAAAUGCUUGUUCUUCUCUGAAAGUCAAAGGAACCACAUCAAGAAAUAUCCUAGCUCAGCCUCAGAGAAGAUCUCUUAGGCUCUCUGCUCAGAAGAAUUUGGAACAGAAAGAAAAACAUCAUGUACAAAUGAAAGCCAAGAGAUGUGCUACUCCUGUAAUCGUCAGUGAAAUUCCACCCUCCAAAAAAAUGAAAGUUUCUCACAAUAAAAAGAAGCCAGGGGAAGAGGAAGAAGGCAGUGCUCAUCAAGAUACUUCUGAAAAGAAUGAGUCUUCCCCAGAGAAAGCCAAGGGCAGACAUACUGUGCCUUGUAUCCCACCUGUAAGGCAGAAGAUUCUAAAAAGUACUGAGGAGCAGGAGUUGGAGAAGAGAAUGAAAAUGCAGCAAGAGGUGGUAGAGAUGCGGAAAAAGAAUGAAGAAUUCAAGAAAUUUGCUCUUGCAGGAGCAGGGCUCCCUGUGAAGAAAUCAGUGAGCCAGGUAACCAAAUCAGUUGACUUCCACUUCCUCACAGAUGAGCGAAUCAAACAACAUCCUAAGAACCAGGAGGAGUAUAAGGAAGUAAACUUUACAUCUGAACUGCGAAAGCAUCCUCCAUCUCCUGCCCGAGUGACUAAGGGAUGCACCAUUGUUAUGCCUUUCAACCUGUCCCAGGGAAAGAAAAGAACAUUUGGUGAGACGGCUUCUACGUAUGUGCCCCUUGCACAGCAGGUUGAAGCCUUCCAUAAACGAACCCCUAACAGAUAUCACUUGAGGAGCAAGAAGGAUGAUAUUACUCUGUUACCCUCCAAAUCUGUGGCCAAGAUAUGCAGAGACCCACAGACUCCUGUGCUGCAAACCAAACAGCGUGCAAGACCUGUGACCUGCAAAAGUGCAGCGGAGCAGGAGGCUGAGGAGCUCGAGAAACUGCAGCAAUACAAAUUCAAAGCACAGGAACUUGAUCCCAGAAUUCUUGAAGGUGGGCCCAUCUUGCCUAAGAAACCGCCUGUGAAGCCAUCCACUCAGCCUAUUGGCUUUGAUUUGGAAAUUGAGAAGAGGAUCCAGGAGCGAGAGUCAAAGAAGAAAUUGGAGGAUGAACACUUUGAAUUUCAUUCUAAGCCCUGCCCUACUAAGAUCUUGGAAGAUGUUGUGGGUGUUCCUGAAAAGAAAGUACUUCCAAUCACUGUCCCCAAGUCACCGGCCUUUGCUCUGAAGAACAGAAUCAGAAUGCCCACCAAAGAAGAUGAGGAAGAGGAGGAGCCAGUAGCGAUAAGAGCUCAACCUGUGCCAUAUUUUGGAAUGCCUUUUAAGCCCCAAAUCCCAGUGGGGAGAACUGUGGAAAUAUGCCCUUUCUCUUUUGAUUCUCGAGACAAAGAACGUCAGUUACAGAAGGAGAAGAAAAUAAAAGAACUGCAGAAAGGGGAGGUGCCCAAAUUCAAGGCGCUUCCUUUGCCUCAUUUUGACACCAUUAACCUGCCGGAGAAGAAGGUGAAGAAUACAACCCAGGUUGAGCCUUUCUGCUUUGAGACCGACAGAAGAGGUGCUCUGAAGGCACAGACUUGGAAGCACCAGCUGGAGGAAGAGCUAAAACAGCAGAAAGAAGCAGCUUGCUUCAAGGCUCGUCCAAACACCGUCAUCUCCCAGGAGCCCUUUGUUCCUAAGAGAGAGAAAAAAUCCCUUACUGAGGGCCUUUCUGGUUCUGUAGUUCAAGAAACUUUUCAGCUGGCCACUGAGAAGAGAGCCAAGGAGCGGCAGGAGCUGGAGAAGAGAAUGGCUGAGGUGGAAGCCCAGAAAGCCCAGCAGUUGGAGGAAGCCAGGCAACAGGAGGAAGAGCAACAGAAGGAGGAGCUGGCCAGACUACGGAAAGAACUGGUACACAAGGCAAAUCCAGUACGAAGGUACCAGGGUGUGGAAGUCAAGUCAAGUGACCAGCCCUUGACCGUGCCUGUAUCGCCUAAGUUCUCCACUCGAUUCCACUGCUAAACUCGGCUCUGAGCUGUGGACACCAUCUGGGAACCGGAGCUACUCUUCCCAUUAAACCAGGAGCCUUCUUUGUCAUGGGGGCAUGGAGAGAACCCAUUUCUCCAGGCUUUUUCCUACCCAUGCCUGACAAGUGUGGACUCCAAUUUCAUUGAGAGCUGUUUUCCUACAUUAUUGUGGCUAAUAAUGAGACUCAACUCAUGUAUGUCUCAACCAGACUCCAUGUAGUUAUUUCCUUGGAACCAUCAGUUGACCUUUAAUAUGGGUCUUAACUCUGACUAGAAUUUAAUGUCUCUGUAUCAGUACAGUGUAAUUUCUGUUGCCCUUACCCCCCGCCCCCCUUUUUUUUCUAUUUUAAUCAGAAAAUAAAGAUAGUUAAAUACUGAGAUAGGAUUUAAGUCAUGGAUUAAAUGAGGAACCAUCAGUAGUAUGUCAGAUUCUUUCCUCUUCUCUGUGCAAAAUGAAUUUAGAGUUAAGGAGCCCUUCGCUACGAGGGGGGAAGCCUCAUUAACUGCAUGACGAGGAAGAGACUUGACUGACGGGAACCUCACAGCAGCCAUCGGCUGGCUUCGGGUAGAGCUUGCUGUUCAGGCACGUUCUUCCCUUGUUGGUGCUGAUGAUGAUAGGGCGCGCUGAGUAGUACACGUUUUAAGUCCUCCAGUGACCUGGACUGGAAUAAAUAUGUUUGUCUUCCCUCCCUGCUUUUGUUAUUUGAUGUUUUUAAAUCUGUCAAGCCCCUUUGGAGGUCACAUCUUAUUGGGGAAGUGGGUACUUUGAGAGGAGGGUCUAGGAACUUUUAAAAGCAUAGGCUCUGUCCUUAAAGGAAAGAGCUUUGUGACUUUUUUCUGUCUUAUGUCAGAAUAUCCUUCCAUAUUUUGUUAACUCCCUCCUAGGAACCACUCUGGAAGCCUGUUAUGCCUUCAAAACAGACUGUGCCUUCUUCUCUAAAUGUCUUUUUUCUCAUCUGGUAAACUCUUCCUUAUAAGACUCAGCUCUAGUAAAAUCUUUUUCAUAGAUCUUUCCUUGACCAUUUAACCUCCUCAGGUAAGGUAAGAUUUCCUUCUUUGUGCCUCCCAAAUGUUUCUUAUGUAUAUCUCUAGUAGAACAGUUAUACCACUGAGUUACUUGUACUUGUUUACAAACUAGUAGAGAUGAAGAUAACUAAAAUUAUGUUAGUCCUUGAAGAUAAAAAUUAUGUUAAUUAUAUCUGUAUUUCUCAUAGUUGGCACAGAAUUUGCUAGGUCCAUGUUAUCAAUAAAUAGUGUAUUUUCUUUUAGA